AUGACGGCUUUAGCGGGUAUUGGGUAUUUGCUCAUUGCGUUUUCUCCUGCACUUGUCAUCUUCCGACGAAUUAUUGCCAGUGACCCACUACGAGUAAUACUAUUUAUAUUGGGUGCAUUUUUUUGGCUACUAUCGUUACUACUCUCAGCAUGCGUCUGGUUUGCAGUGGUACCAUUGAGAGAGCACAUAGUCUUUGCAGUAAUGAUUUCCGUUGCAUUGCAAGAAGGCGCCAGACUGCUUCAUUUUAUUCUUCUUAAAAAAGCUCAAAAAGGUUUGAAUCGUAUGUCUAGCAAUGAUCAAAAAUUAGCUGGAGUGCACGCUUUGCAACAUGCUCGACAUAUGUUAGCAGUUGUAUGUGGACUAGGAAUGGGCGUUAUGGCAUCUUUAUUUCUUAUUAUCAAUGUUAUUGCCGAUUUUUGGGGUUCUGGUACUGUCGGUUUGCCAGCUAGUGUGCCUCAGACAUCAGAUCGUUUCACCGUCAAACUUCUUCCUGAUGAUCAGAAUUUCGCUAUAACGUAUUCCAUAUCAGCUUGCAUGCUUACUUUGUGCCAUGUCUUCUGGACUGUGCUUUUCUGGGAUGGCUGUCAAAAAAGAAGUACUACUAGCACUUGGUGGCUAGGUGUUUGUUUUGCAGUGCUUUCUCACUACGCUAUUUCUGCUCUCAGUUUUGGAAACCGUACAAAGUACCAAGCAUUUUUUAUGUGCAUGCAAGGAGUUGUUCUGGUAGCUGAUGGGAUAGCCUCUUUCGCGGUUAUGGGUGUGACUGUACCAAUGCUACAACGCACAUCAAGACUAGCAUUUUUGAGACUGCUGUGUGUAUUUGGUUGUGAGAAAGAAACUGCAGAUGAUUCCAAUCGCGGAUCAGAAAACUUUGUUGGUAAUAGAUCUGAUGCACUUCAUGUUGACAACUGA